GUUACGAUAGCGAUCGGUAUUCUAGACCGGAUAACCGCCAGGGAGGUGGGGGUGGUUAUAAGCGCAACGAUUCCUACAAGGAUUCGCGAGAUCGCCGUUCUCCCGACCGCAAGAGACCUCGUACCGAACAUACUUCUCAGACGAAGAAGAGUAAUAGAACAGAUAGUAUGAACUAUUUUCACAAGCUUCCUCUUUGAGACCAAAACUGUACGAAACCUUGAACGAAAUAAUCUUUCAAAACUGAAAAGCAUUACCACGAUUCGAACAGAAUCGGAGAACGAAAAAAAAGUGUCACAAGUUUGGUUGCAUCGAGAGAGAAGCGCAGGAAAUGCUUGAAAGAACCGGUUUGAGUUAGCCCCAAUUUCAUCUCCAUCCAAGUAAUCGAACGAGCAAAAUCUGCACAGUCUCCGGAUUGACCCCGAUCGAUGCAUGGAGAGUGAAAUCUAUCGGAUUGGGAACAGAGAGCAAGCGAGAUUUGCACGAAGAGAACGGCAGCCUUUCUGUAGAAUUUUCCAGUGCACCCAAAUGUUAUUGCGAUUCAGUAUUUCUCAAGUGGAAUGAAUAUCAAAUGGACUGUGACCGUCGCCAGCCGCGUUCCGGCAAACCCACUACCGCCAAGGGAUUGAAUGCGAUUUUGAGAGUGAGAUCAGUUUUGUGUUAGAGCCACGUGACGCGAAUAACAUCUCUUCGAGUCCGAUCUCGGCCAACCUUCGUGUGUAGCUGUUGAACAGAGACUAUUCCAAUCCUCGUCAGGAUCCGGAUGAGUGUGCGCAGCUGGAAUGAGCCCUACCUUGUUAUAGCUAGUUUGUGUUUGUCCACCUUUGCGCGAUGGCGUUUGUACCAAGUGCGGAAACGAAGUAGGAAAAGACAUAUAAAAAACCAUUCUUCGACCUUCGAGAUGUGUAAACGAUUGGGAGAUUCCUUCAACGAUGAGCUUCUUGCGGGAUCUAGCGCGGAGCCGGAUCCGAACAGAAUAUGUUAUGUUGUAUUUUUUUCCUAAAGCCAGCGCAUAGAAGCUGACCGCUUUCCAGAGGAAUCCUGCACCCGCGAAGCUGAUAGGGCUUCUGAAGGGCAGCGGCCAGGAUGUCUCCUCAUCUGUUUGUGUUUUCUCUUUGUCCUACCAACACACUUGACUCAUCGCGUGGCUACUGAAAUUACUACCCACAGUACAAGACACAGAAUGCGGGGGACGACCAGGAAAUGUGUGGUCCGAAUGUUUCUUAUCUUUAGCCAAAAUAGAGAAUAACUACUAAAAAAGCUCACAUUAUAGCACCAAACCACCAACAAUAAAUCAAAAAUAUAAAAAUACCAACAUCCAAUACUCUUACUCAUAACUAAUUUCUCAACCUCAAUCUUCAUCAACUCCGAUAUCUUUCCUGCGCCUGUAUGUACCGAUUCACGCACUCACACACACAAUCACAUGCAAUCAUGCGAAUUGUGCGCUCAAAUGUGUGUUUGUUCCGGAUGUCGUGCGGAAUGUUACGAAAUGAUCGGUUCCAUCUUCGGCGAUCGGCGGCAACAUCAUUCAUUAUUGGAUGUGAUAACCAACAGGGAGGUCGCCGAGAUUAUGGUGGUAGCAGCGGAGGCGGAGAUUAUCACCGCAGAGAUAGUAGUGGUGGUCGCGGUGGCUCUUCCAGUCGGUACCACGAUGGUGGCAGCUCAUCCUACGAUAAACGUGGCAAUGAUCAUCAUUCUUCGUCGGUUGGUAGCAGUGGCGGCGGCGGUGCAAACCGUGAUCGGAUGGACAAUCGCAGCAGCAGCCGGGGACGCGGCGACAGAUCCCGCGAACCGAUGGGACCGCCGCGAUCGGUUGUUCCGCGGAGCAACAACAACCGGGGACCGCCGAUUCGUACGUCGAUGGGUUCGCGCGGGUCGGCACCGAUGUCGACGUUGCGUCGGGGUUCCACAAGAGGUAGGCUUACGAGUCGUUUCAGGAACGAUGGACGCCGCGGGAUGAUCACCAGCCGUAUGGGCAGCAGGCGGGACGUGCGGCCGCCAAUGCCCAGGAGACGGUUCCCACCGACUCGGGGCGGACGUGACGGCAUCGGACGGAUUACCAAGCGAACGAUCAUAGAGUCCUCCAGGGUGUCCAGGAAGGCUCUUAUCAAGCGCGCUCUGGCUGCUGCCAAGGAGUUGGAUGACGAUCAAACAACAGAAAACGAAGGGGAAGACGAUGAUGAGGAGGAAGUUGAAGUGAAGGAGGAAGCUAUGGAGGGCGACGAUGAGGAGAUCCAAGACGAAGCUAGAGAAGACGAGGAAGAAGAGGAAGAUGAUGGGGAUAAAACUGUCAAGGAUGAGGAGGAAGAGGAAGAAGAUGCCGAAGAGGGAGAUAAGGCCGAAGAGGACGCCGAAGACAAGGAGGAAGGUGACGACAAGGCAGAUGAAACCAAAGAGGGUGAAGAUGGCGAAGGCGAUGAAAAGAAGGAAGCUCCCUCCACUCCGAAGAAGACCGUCAAGAAGGUGGCUGCCAAGCCGAAGGGUACCCCAGGAAGCGAAAAAUCCACCGACAAAGACGGAGAAAAGAAGAGAGACACCAGAAUCAACACAAAGUACAGCAAGUCCUACAUCAAGUUGAACUGUGUUCAAUGCCACACUAAGUGCAUCACCUUCAAGGAAUAUCAAAACCACUUGUUCCGCGGAUUGCAUCGUACUGCGAUGCGUCGCAUCGCUAACAAGACCCGUGACAAGCUGAUUGAAAUGCGUACGGCUCAACGGGCAGCCCAGAAGGAGGAAGACGAAAAGGUCGACGAAAACAGCGAACAAAAGUCGUCGUACUGUCUGCUGUGUCAGCUGAACUUCCGGCAGCCAAAAUCUGUCCAUCAGAAAUCCGAUGGGCACAAGGAGAUGAAACGAUUCCUCAUGCCGUACUGUGCCACGUGCAAGAUCGGGUUCAAGAGCCCCAUGGCAUACGAAGCUCACCGGGCAUCGCUGGAACAUCUCAAGUUCAAGGCCCGCAUCGAACGAUACGCCAAGGAGGAAACCGGCGAGGAUGGCGCCGAGAUCGAUCUGGAGAACUUUACCACUGUCGAUGAGGUAGGCAACGUGGACGAACCCACCGACAGCAGCAAGGACAAUGCGUCCACACCGAAGAAGGGCGAUUCCGUCGGAAGACCCGGAUCGGACGACGAGGAUGACACCGACGACGAAACCGUCAUCGGUGGAGAACAUGUCAAGAAGGUCGAAGUGCAGUACUGUGACCUGUGCAAUAUGUAUCUGCCCAGAAGGGAAGACCCGGAAAAGAUGUUGGCGAUGCACUGCAAGACCCGAUCACAUCUCAAAUUGUACAUCCGCGAGCGAGAGGAUAAGAAACUGCGGGAACGGGCCGAGCGAAUCCACAAGAAGAAGCUUAGCGAUGCGAAGGCCAAGAGAGAUGCCAAGAAAGAGAAGGAAACCAGUGUUUCUGAGGCUGAUACCAGUGUGAAGCAGGAAGCCACCGAGAAGAAGGCCGGCGAGGAAGGGGAAGGCAAGGAUGCCACCACGGACGACCAGAUGUGGGAGGUGGUCGACAACGACAUCGGAGAUUUGCUGCGUGAAGUCGGUGGCCCAGGAGAGGACGCCGAAGAGGAAGAAGACGACGAGAAAGCCAGCUCCGAACGGUACGAUAAGUUCAAGCACACCGAAAAGAACGGACUGGACCAGAGCAACAUUCAUGACAGCACAGGCGAAGAGGAAGUCGCAUCGACGGACAAGAAAGCCGGCUCCAAGAAGGCCACAAAUGGCGACUCCAGCGUAGCCGACAAAGAAGUCAAGGCUGAAGCCUAAACCGGCGGGUGGACACAAGUGUUUGAUUGUAAUUGUGGUAACAAUAGUGUUUUGCUGUAAGUCAUUAAGGUAGUAAGUGUAUACCUUAUCUCAGUUUUAUAUUUCCAACCUUCCUUUUCAUCGAUUAGGAUAAGAAUAUUGAACUAUUAUACAUUAAAGAACAAACUUAACCGUAAAAGGAUAAUGCUAAAAGCUGUCGUAACUAUAGAACCUCACAUUGAAAUAAAGGAAAAUUAAAACCAAA